UAAAACACUUAAAAAUGUUCCACACGUUGGUAUACAGCAUAUUGCGUAGUUUAUCUCAACGCGUAUAAACACGUGACAAAAUUUGAUCUUAGUGGCGUGAAGAGUUUUUACGAUUUAGGUACGAAGAAAACGAUCUUUCACUGCAUACUUGCAUAUCGUUUUACUUCCUUUUAAGAUUUAAUUCACUUUAUACAAUAUUUAUCUCACAGAUUUCGUUAUGGACUUUGGAAUAAAUGUAUUCACCGAGACCAAUUGUAGCAAAUAUUGCCUCAGACUUGUAGUAUCAUUUAUCCAACUAAGACGUGUGUGAAACUGAAACAUCAUUAUUAUUCGUACGAUCUUUUUAUAUUACGAAACAUGUGUUAGUGUUAAAAAAUUACGAUUAUAAUUUUACCAUAUUGAAAUAAUUUUGUAUAUUCCUCUACAACUAUACAUUACUCAGUUAAUUAUUUGUACCAUAAAUAAUUGAUAAGAACCAAUCACUACAGUUCUAGUAGAAAAUCAUGCAAGAAGUAAAAGUAUUAGAUGGAGGAUUUUCUACACAAUUAUCAAAACAUGUGGAUGAUCCAAUAGAUGGAGAUCCCUUGUGGACAGCACGAUUUCUUGUUACAAAUCCAGAAGCUAUUAUUGCUACACAUUUAGAUUUUCUAAAGGCUGGAGCAGACAUAAUUCUUACAAAUACUUAUCAGGCAUCCAUAGAUGGCUUUUCAAAAUAUAUGAACAUGACUGAAGAAGAAAGUCUUAACUUAUUUUCUAAAGCUGUAGAUUAUGCUAAGGAAGCUGUAAAUUUAUAUAAAAAAGAUAUUGAAAAUAUAGAAAUUAUAAAUGCAAAUCCACUGAUUGCUGGAUCUGUGGGACCAUAUGGUGCCUGUUUACAUGAUGGGUCAGAAUAUACUGGAAAGUAUUGCUCACUUGUGUCCAAGGAGAUUCUUAUGGAUUGGCAUAGACCACGUAUUAGACAAUUAAUUGCUAGUGGUGUUGACCUAUUAGCAAUAGAAACAAUACCAUGUAAAAAAGAAGCAGAAGCAUUGGUUGAAUUACUUAAAGAAUUUCCCAAUAUUAAAGCCUGGCUAUCCUUUUCCUGUCGUACUGAUGGAAAACACAUAGCUGAUGGUUCUGACUUUCAAAAUGUUGCAGUACAAUGUUAUAAAAAGGCUUUAAAAGGGCAGAUUCUAGCUGUUGGGGUUAAUUGUAUUGCACCACAAAAAGUGAGCUCCCUGUUAAAGGGAAUUAAUGCAAACAACAUGCUAGAAUUUAUUCCACUAGUAGUAUAUCCCAAUAGUGGUGAAAUUUAUACAGUGGAAACAGGUUGGAUGAAAACGAAUGAUUAUUAUUCCUUACAUCAAUUUAUACACGAAUGGCUUAAUUUGGGGGUUCGAUAUAUGGGCGGAUGUUGUAGAACACAUGCCGCAGAUGUAGAAAAAAUACGAGCAGAAGUAGAGAAAUGGAAAAGUGCCUGAAUCUUAUUAUACUCUCAAUAAUCAAACUCGAACAAUUACCAACGAGCAACAACUUUGUUAAUUAUGCAUAUAUACAACUUUUUAUCUUUGGAUCGAGAAAUCAUAUAUACAGAAAAUAAAUUUUUAUGUAAUAUUUUUUCCUAUAAAUAAAGUUAUUAUAAAAACAAAA